AAGGAGGGAGGAAGGCAUGCUUACAGCAUGCGACAGAGGGAAAGAGAGAGAGAUGAGGAGGAGGAGCGGAGGGAAAGGUAUCAUCAGCAGCAACAGCAGUGCAGCACAAAGACGAAAAGAACAGGGAAGGUGUGGAGAGAGAGAGCAAGAGAGAGAGAAAAGAGAGGAUGAGGUUUGAAGAAGACUGAGCCCUUUGCCGCAGACAUGACCACGGGCUCAUCAGUCAACCGGACGUAACCUUGACGAUCCUCUUCUGCUGCUGCUGCUGCUGCUGCCACACACUGGAGCACAGCCGAUAGUGUGUGUAUGUGUCUGUGUGUGUGUGUGUGCGAGGGUGUGCUCAGGCGUUGCUAUGAGAUUCAGAGACCCGCUUCAUCAUCCGUGUGCUCUUGCAUGUGUGCUCCUUUAGUGUUCGGCUCAACUAAUGGGAAAAGAGAGCCCGCAGUGACCGUCAAGUGAGUGAGUGUGUGUGAGUUUGAGUUGAGUGUGCAUGUGGAGGAAAGGGAAGAAAAGGUCAGAUAGGUGUAGAGAGUGUGUAUUUGUAGCACAGGGAACGAUGCAAGAGCAGGUAGAGCGUUCUACACCCUGAGAGAGAGAUAACACAGUGAAGGUGGCCAGUGUGUGUGUGUGAGAGAGACUGAGAGAUGCAGUAUGGUUGAAGUCUCUCAGCCUCAGCAUCAUCAGAUUUUCUGCUGCAGAUGCUACACUAGUUCAUCGCCACACUAGAGCGCUACCCUGACACACACGCACGCUCAGACGCACACAGCUGCGGCUUCAAGAGGAGCCCCAAGAAUCCCAUCAAAGGUCAACUGAGGGACACUGGAAGAGUUGCCGAGGGCAAAGGUCGUGACAGCUGAGGCUGAAGGUCAGAGGAGGAGUGAGAGCUAUAAACGCGGCAUCAUGGGCGAGUGGACUAUACUGGAGAGAUUGCUGGAGGCUGCGGUGCAGCAGCACUCUACUAUGAUCGGCAGGAUCCUGCUGACAGUGGUGGUGAUAUUCCGGAUCCUGAUCGUGGGUAUAGUGGGAGAGAAGGUGUACGAGGACGAACAGAUUAUGUUUAUCUGUAACACGCUGCAACCGGGUUGCAACCAGGCCUGCUACGAUAAAGCCUUCCCCAUCUCCCAUAUCCGUUACUGGGUUUUCCAGAUCAUCUUGGUGUGUACGCCCAGCCUCUGUUUUAUCACUUACUCCGUGCACCAGUCUGCCAAGCACAAAGAUCGCAGUUACACCCUAAUGCACGGCCCGUACAUCGACCACGGACAUGGGCUGAGCCGCAAACUCCGCAACAUCAAUGGUAUCCUGGUGCACCCGGAAAGCAAAGACGACCGCGAUUGUCUGGAUUUGAAAGACAUUCCCAACAUUCCGCAAGGGGUCACAUACUCCAAAAGUGCCAAGAUCCGUCAGCAGGAGGGCAUUUCCCGUUUCUAUGUCAUACAAGUGGUGUUCCGGAACGUUCUGGAAAUCGGUUUUCUCGCCGGCCAGUACUUCCUGUAUGGAUUCAACGUCCCCGCCAUGUUUGAGUGCGACCGCUACCCUUGCGUGAAGGAGGUUGAAUGCUACGUGUCACGUCCCACGGAGAAGACAGUUUUCCUGGUGUUCAUGUUCGCAGUUAGCGGGAUCUGCGUAGUGCUAAAUUUGGCUGAGCUCAACCAUCUGGGCUGGCGGAAGAUUAAGACGGCCAUCCGCGGUGUCCAGGCUCGCAGGAAGUCCAUUUGUGAGAUCCGGAAAAAGGAUGUGUCCCACCUUUCCUCUGUGCCCAACCUGGGCCGAACCCAGUCUAGUGAAUCUGCCUAUGUCUGACAGCGAAUAGGGGAGGGGCUUAGACGAGGUUGGGAGUGGCUGACGAGGCGACGGCCACGCCCUGUGCUGCAGACUUGACAUUGCAAAUUUUAUGCAUAGUUUGGACAGGGUGCGAGAGGGGUAGGGUGAAAACUAAAAAUCAGAUUUGGCAUUCUAAACUUUAUGGAGAAUAAAACUGCUUUUUCGGACUUUAAUGAUGAGCGCUGGGGAACAGAGCGGGACUCAUACUUAGUAGACAAACACAUUUACACCACACACACUCACACACAUACUGAUAUCCCUGAGCCCUGCAUAACAACAAAAGUCUUCCAACAGAAAAAGAAAAAUUUAAGAAACAAAACUGAUUUGAGUUGCUUGAUGUCAAAAGAGAUAGAAAGAUGGAGGGAUGAAGCUAGAGGGCAGCUCAGCAUGUGACUCAGAAGCAUUGUAAAGUAUGAAAAAUGUUCUCCAGGGUCAAUGCUGAGACAUCCCUCACAUUUUGAAAGAAAAAGGACGACAAACAAAAGAGUAUCAAACUGUACCUCAGCACAGACACCUCUACGCCUCUCCCCCACUUGCUUUCUUUCAUUUUCUGUCUCUUUCUGCAUAGUUUUAUAGAUAUAGCUAUUAAGUAUACAAGGCAAGAAGAGAAAACGAACAUUCAUCUACUGAUAAGCCACCCCCACGUUUGCUGGAGGGCCAUAAGAGAUUCCAUCCUCAUGCAAAAAUCAACAUUGACACACCACAGUCCCCAGUCCAAAUCCCGGAAUUCCUUUCUCCAACCCCUCCAUUCAUUACUGUACAUAUCUCAGAAUAUCGAUAUUACAUCAUCAAUGUAUUUCACACAUUGAAGUGUAGCUUUUGCCAUUAUUUAAAAAGAAUUACACAUUGAUUGCCAAAAACAAAAAAGAAAGAAAAAAAAGACUAAAUUGUGUUGUUUAUCUGCAUUUGUUCUGUAAUGGACAGAAAAAAUUGCGAUUUUAUACUAUGGGCAUUUCCAGACAAAGGCAUGUUACGAAGCAUCAUUAGAAUGGCUAGAUAGUGUUACGAGCUGUGUAUAGAAACAGACUGUUUCUUUUUUGCACCCAAUAUUUUUGAGGUGUAUUCUGAAGCAUGCGGGAGGAGAUCUAUAGCUCUAUGGGAAUGGCAGAGAGAGUCUAUACUGAGUAAGGCUCCAA